UUCAGAAAGUAUUUCGACACAGCCGGAAAAUGGCGCUGCUCGCCAAAUCGUAAACAAUUGGGGGGCGCUCUCUAUUGUUCACCACUGUACACAGCCCAAGGUAUCACGCAACUAACGACUAUAGAAUAACAAUUGUGUUGAGAAGCCAAGAACACUCCUCACGAGUACGGAACUCUGGGGGCGCGAGUACAGUUUUUAUAUCGCACGCAGGACUAUACGGCCUAUAAGACAAGGAAGAGUAAAAUCGUUGAUGAUCUGAGUGUCGGGACACCGCUUGUCAUCUUGCAGCGCUGUGGCCCUCCACUGCAACGCAUCGUCGCACACCGGUCUGCCUGAACAACAAACAAGGAUCAGAGGGACCCAUCAUCGGCGUCAACAGCAACAACAUUGUCAACGAUCCGCCAUCACGACGAGCCCGAUAACUGCUGGGGUCAUCGUCAGCAGCCCACACCAUCUUCCAGGCGUUUCCUGAGUUUUACGAAGCACCGUCAAGGAUUCAGCGCUGGCCGCUAUCAUCAAAUCGAUUCCGCGAAAGAGAGCCCAUCCGGACUCUCGACAACCUCGUAUUGGCGCGGGUGAUACGGGUGCGGAUAAUAAGUACAAUAGCAGGCUGGAAGAACUAGCGAUGGCGACGCCGGCAUUUGAAAUACUUCGGCAACUUUACGAAGAAGGUUUAUAUGAUGAUUUUGAAGCCCUGUCCUCACUGCUAACCACAGUAGACCGAAACUGCGAUGAGAUCUUUUCACCCGUACAACGAUAUCAGACGCUUAUAUGGUAUGGCGACGUUCUCCUUGCCUCGAAACAGUAUCGCAAAGCUGAAUUGAUGUUCGAACAGGCCCUGCAGUUAAAGAGGUCCACAAUACGCAAACGACAACAAGAUCAGGAUGUCACGCCCCAGACAGAUGUGCAGUUUCGUAUCUUUCAAUGUCUUAUAGGUCGGAGAGAGUUAAAAUUGGCCAUAAGUACUCUGGAAGGUAUUCCGCCAAAACAACGUUCAACGCGGGUUAAUAUGACAUUAGCGAAACUCUAUCACGGACAGGGUAAUGACCGAGCAGCCAUAUUGUGUUACAAAGAAGUUCUUAGGACAAAUCCCUAUGCAUUGGCAGCCAUUAACGCUUUGUUGGAGUUAAACGUUAAAGUGUCCGAGGUAGCAGUACUGAUUACUUCAAAAGGCGUACAUUUUACAAUGGAAUGGAUGCCCGCCUUCGUUGCAGCAAUGGGUGAAUUAUUUGCGCGGAAUUUGCCAAAAGCCUUGCACGAAUUUGAAACGUUGGACCAGUCGUUACAGUUAAAAGGCAGUUAUGAUGUCAGCAUGAUGAUAGCUAAAAUUAACUAUUUUCAAGGAGAAGACAUCAAAGCUAUAAGUGCUUUCGAACGUGCUGUAAAAGCUGAUAAAUUCCAAAUUCGAGGUAUGGAUCUCUACGCGGCCCUUCUGUACAAAGAAAAGAAGGUCAAAGAACUUGAACAGCUUAGCAAUCAUCUGGCUACUCUUAGUGAAAAUCACCCGGAAACGUACAUCUCACUUGGUUAUCAGUGCUACUUACGACAGAAGUAUACUCGAGCUCGUUGUAUGUGCGACAAGGCGUUGGAGCUAAGCCCCAGACACGUCGAAGCAAUUUUAUUAAAAGCGCAAAUACUUGCUUCCCAUGGGGUGCGACAGACUGCAGUAAGCAUAUAUAAUGAAGCGCAGACAAUCGCCCCGUACCGGUUUGAACCCUAUAUGGGACAGGUAUCGCUGUAUCUAGCAGAAAACCGUUUGCCUGACGCACAUAUUGCCGCGACGAAUGCCACCCGUCAAUUGGGGCAAACAGCUCGAACCCUCACACUUCGAGCGGAUGUACUCAUCAAGAACCCUGGCCAACAGGACAAAGCCAAAACAUACCUAGAACGAGCCCUCGUUCACGGACCUGCCUAUUUGCCGGCAAUCUAUUCGCUAGCCGAAAUUUACGAGUCGACCAGGAACUACGAAGCGGGUGUACAGCUUUUGCAGGAAAAGCUGCAGUUAGUUGGUAGUACACCAAAAUUGCACAGACUCUUAGGUGAGUUUCUACACAAAGUACAUGAACCAGAGCAAGCUCUGUUCCAUUUUGGUGUCGCCCUCAAUCUCGAUCCCAAUAACCCGCAGGUGAAAAAAGGCAUUCAGAUGGUUGAGCAGUCGGUCGGAGGAGAACAGAGCUACGAGAUGGAAAUGGAAGAUGAUCGGGAAUCGGAAGUUAACAACGAAGACAGCGACGUCGACGGGGUCUGGAGUGAUGAGUUUUGAAAGCAAGUCAUUAAAAAUCAAAAGAGAUAAGCCGCACAAAAAAACGCCAGCAGAUAAAUUUUGAACCCGAAUUUGUGUGUGGGGUCAGUUAUAUUGUUUCACUUCGAAGUUUAGCUGCCCCAGUUGCUCUAAAAAACACAAUGGACUCCCUGCAAGUCACAUUUAAUUCAUUACUUGCCAUAUAAGAUGAAUACUAUAAAGCUAGGGUAUCAUUGGUUUGAAAUUAUUGAUUCAUUGAAUCUUAAGAAAUCAUUUUACGUCGUGAUUGGCAGUCGCUUGCUAUUCACAAUAUGUCGACGGCAAGUAACGAAAACACUUUCAUUGAUAUCAUUAAUUUGUCAAAAUCAGAGAAGGACAAAACCAUAAACUGAAUCUGUUAGAAUAGAACAUAGUACAACAGAUUCUGUGUUACAAACGGUAACCUAACAAAAAUUUGACAACUAAUAUAUAUAUAUGUAUGCUAUCAUUUUGUACAAAAAUUGUAAUGGCGUCAAAUAGUAAUGUUAGGUGUCAUGAAUGUAUCUUCUAGGACUUGCUUUUUGUGCGUGAGAAGUCUGAUUGUGAGACACAGUUAUUCUGGAACUGGCCAAUUGUCGAACACGUUUACAAGCAUAUAUGGAGGUAUAUACACAUACAGACACAUAUAUAUUCGUAUAGCGACUACUUCCACUCUUUGUGAUACAUACAGCCGAAACAAUGAUGAUUAUGACAACCAUUGUAAAUAUUAUUAACAAUCGAAUAAUAAUUAUGACCAGAUGAAAAAUAACAAGACCUAUUUAGUUUUUGUACAUUGAAUUUUGUUAGUGAAUAAUAAUAAAUUGAGUUUGCUUGGAUAAAGCUUUAUUUGUCUUCAUUGGUAGCAGAAUGUUGAGAUAGCGUUUGUGUUACUUCAAUAGCAAUAAAGAAUACACUAUAAUACAUAGUGUAGAGGUAACCGGAGCUAUACUAAGAAGGUUUUGCUUGGCUCAUUUAACGACCUUCUGAUAUUACUGGUCCUGAAUUUUUUCAACUCUGGCAAUAGUAGAUACAUGAGUAUACACCUCAAUUUGGGUAUAAGGUUUUUGAUUG